AUGACAGUUCUAACUCCAACCAUUUCCACCAGUCUUCCAACUCUCAACUCUGCCCCCCUCCUCCCGCCCGCCCGCCCCCUCCCCCGGCCUGCGCCUGCCUUUGUGUCUGCCUGUCACUUACCGGGGAACCAAACGAAGCUGAUUCGGGAGAAGCACAAAGCCAAGUCCCAGAUUUGCCCACAAAUUCUCCUACACACCCUCCCCAGGUUGGCAGGCACAGCCCAUCGCGGAGCUGAUGGACCUGGAGAAAAGUGGGCUCUGGUCUGGUUUGGGGGACCCGAGAAACUACGCUCUCUCCUCUCUCCCUCGGCGGCCCUGGCAAAACGCGCGGACUCCAGGAAAAAACAAAACCCCACUUGGUGUGCUGCAGUUCCACUCCCCAUGACACUCGCUCCGCUCGCCCCCCGAAAAGCGGACACGGGGGCAGAGCCAGACCCAGACCCCGCCGCAGAUAAAAGGGCCGAAAAACACUCCGUCAGAGUUCUUUUCCGGGGUGUCUCCGCACGUGCCCAUGCGCGCACCCACCUCCGCCCGCAAAGGCCCGCGCCCCCAGCCCCUGUAAGGGGCACCCGCUUGCGCCUCGCCCCCGCCUUGGCAUCCUCUACACCGCCGCUUUAAACUCGCUCAGCAGAAGCGCUCCCCAGUUUCGCAGAGGGCAUGCCCUUAGUGCUUCAGGGGCCUGUAGUUUUAAAGACUCGACAAAUUAGGAAAUUGACCGAGUCCUGCUUCACCCCGCCCCCGGCCCACCUUCUGUUUACUUUCGCCACGUGGGCAGAGGGGAUGGUUCUCACAGAUCCAAGAUGAAAUUCUCACCAGUGGCUCUACUCACUAGAUUCGAUUGUAAGAAAUAAAACUACGUUUUCCCCAGUAA